AUGGAGAAUCUGGCCGUCUUCGGCUUCCGCGGAGCUCCCUCGCAGCUGCACCUCUGCGGGUGCGCCCUCGGAGUCCCUCGGGCCGCCGAGGCCGCCGAGGCGGAGGCGUUGUGGCGGGAGGCCUAUGAGGCCGAGCGGGAGCGCGGGGCGCUGUUGGCGCACGCGGCCCGCGCGGCGCCAGACCCGUCUGGGAUUUCGAGCGCACCCGGCGCGGGGCUCGCGGAGCUGGCCGUCGCGGGGGACGCUGAGGGCGGCUGGGAGGCGGCCUACGCUCGGCUCCGGGCGCGGCACGCCGCGCUGGAGCGCGCGGGUCAGGAGCGGCGCUCUGCGAGACUGGCGGAGGCUCCGCAGCGGCCAGCGCCCCCUGCGGAGACACUCGGCCCAGCGCCCCUGCCGCCGGCGGCGGCGGCGCCGGCGUCGCCGGAGGCCCCGGGCAGCCGGCCAAAGGUGCUGUCCAUCGUCAACUGGCCCGACUUUGACGACGAGACGGACGAGCAGGAGGUGCAGGACGCCCUGGACGUGCUAGCCGUGACGGACUUCCCGAUCCUCGUCGCUUUCCUCGGCAUCCCGGCCUGCGGCGACGAGGCGCCCACGCUCGGGGCGGUGCGAGAGGCGCUCGCGCUCGGCGACGCGGAGGUCGAGGCAGCCUUCCGCUGCUCCUCGGCGCGCUCCUACGGCGGCCGCGUCUGCGAGUUCCGCGGCGCCCUCUCGCCGGAGCUGCCCCCGGGCCGCGUGGGCCAGCUCGACGGAGAGGCGCUGCUGUUCGUGUUCGCCAGGGGCGACCUGCCCCAGACUGAGCGGUUCUCCGAGGGCGAUCGGCUCGCCGUGGCCCUGUUGGUUGCCGUCGCACUCGCCCUGUGCUGCUCCGAGGCCCUCGAGAGCCUCCCCGAGGUGGAGGAGGAGUCGGUGCUGCUGGCCAUCCUCCGGCUCGCCCCGCUUGCGGCGGGCGCCGCGGCCAGACGGCAAGCUGCCAGCCUGCACGGCGUGGAGCUGCAGGAGGCGCCGCUGCCAUCCUGGAGCGCCGGCCACCUCGGCAGCACGUGGUCGCCGAUCGGCUUCGCGGCCUCGCGGGACGGCGCCCUGGCAACGGCCGCGGCCGCGCCCGCGGCGACGCUGCUUGUGAUCAGAGGGGGAAAAGGCAGCGAUGCCCGGUGUUCCCUUUUUGGGACGUCCUGGGAAGCCUCGUCGCCACAGCUGGGUUCGCCUCGAAAUGCUUGUCAGAACGCACCCUGGGAGAGGUCCGGGUGAGUAGCGGCAUCGGUAUCUUUUAGUCUCCCUCGGUGAGCUCCCUCUUCGCGGCGUACGGCACGUGGCGGACGACGGAGGACGUGCAGUCUGGAGCGGAAGUGGGCCAGAUGUCUGCCGCGGAGAUGCCUGGCAUGCUGGCAGCCGUUCUCGGGUACAAGAUGCCAAGCCCCGCAGAGGAGCCGCUGGUGUCCCUGGCGUCUGGCAGCCUGCCUGACCCAGCGGGCCCGGACGGGUCGCUCGUGCCCGCCGACGUGUUCCUCGCGGGAGGCUCGCUGGGCCUGACGGUCGCUGCCGUGAGCCUGCUUCCGUUGUCUGGCUUCGACGGACAUUCGGUGGCGAGGGCCGCGUUCGGCCCCCGGGCCGCGGCCACGAUGGAGCUCGCCGCGCUGGUCUGGCUCUGCCUGCAGGGUGUCCGCGAGGACGCGCGCGGCGACUUUGCCAACGAGGUGCUUCUCGUCUGGCUGGUGCAGUGCCUCCUGCGCUCGCUGCGCGGCGACACCAUCCGGGUGUUGCCAAAGGACGCCGUCACGCCGCCCGGCCCGCAGCAGCGCGCGGCCGCGGCGCUGCUGCUGGCCCUCGGCGCCGCGCUGCUGCAGCCCCCUGGACCUUAGCGCAGCCCCGAGAGUCCAGCUGUAAGAGACGGUGGACAAACCAAACGGGGGUCAGCCAGAGCGCCAGAUCUUGCAGGAUCUUGCAGAGCCAGGGGUGCACUGACACGGGCUAGCGCGCAGGAUCCUGCAGGAUCCUGCUGGAGCUUGCAGGAUCUUGCAGUGCCCGACGGACCCGGGUUUGCAAUGGCCCGGGUCAGCAGAUUCCCGAGAGAGCCGCUGCGGCGGCCGCCCGCGCACGCGCCCGCUGACGGGGCCCUUCGCAGGAAAGCGAAAAACGGCAUGGGCCCAGACAUGCAGCGUCUUGAACAAUUGUGCAGCGCCCCGCAGGUGCGGGUAAGAGUGAGGGGGCGGCGGGGUCGUCGGCAGCUUGCGAAG